AUGGCUUUCCACCAUUUCAACAGGAAGCAGAGGCUUCUGCUGAUCGCCUACGCCAUCCUCUUUUCAUUCCUCCUCCUCCUUUGCCGCUUCUGGUCCCUCCGCGACCCGGGCUCCCUCUUCUUCGAAUCCACCGAAGGCUAUCGCCCCAAAUACAGCCUGACUCGCAUCCAGGAAUCGCUCGACUACCUGUCCGUCUACAAUCAGAGCGGCAUCAGCUACCCCUACCCGCCCAGCGAAUACCAGCCGCCGAAGGACAAGACCGCCUGCGUGGGGAUCGUGACGGUGAAACGGCCCUUGCAGCAGAAUCUCGGCACGACGGUCGCCUCGAUCCAAGACACGCUGACGCCGGAGCAGCGGCGCGCGCUGAACAUCCAGGUGCUGUUCGCGCUCAGCGACCCCGCCGACCACCCGGACUACAACCAGACGUGGCUGUCGACGAUCGUGGACGAGGUGCUCACGUACGAGACGGUGGACGCGCCGCACGUGACUAUCGCCCGCCUCGAGAAGCAGAAGGACAUCAAGCGCAAGUCGCUGCUGGACUACCGCCUGGGGCUGCAGGCCUGCUACGACCGCAGCGACGCCCCCUGGAUCAUCAUGCUGGAGGACGACGUGGUGGCCCAGCGCAACUGGUACGAGCACACCAUGCAGAGCGUGCGCCGCAUCGAGGACGGCCGCCAGCGCGGCCUCCUCCCCACGGACUGGCUGUACGUGCGCCUGUUCUACACGGAGAAGUUCCUGGGCUGGAACUCGGAGAGCUGGCCCGUCUACCUCUUCUGGAGCGCGUUGACCGUCGCCGCCGUCGCCUGGGUGGCCCUCGUCGCCCGCCGCAAGGUCCGUGCCACCCAGGGCGUGCUCACCAACCCUUUCCUCCUGGUGGUCUGCUUCCUCUGCGUUCCCGCCCUCAUCGGCCUCUUCUUCAUGACCGGCCGCGUCACCUGGUUUCCCAUGGAGCCCGGCGUGCAUGUCAUGAACGCGCAUGGCUGCUGCUCCCAGGCCCUGCUCUACAACCGGGCCCACGUGCCGGAACUCCUGCGGUACCUGGCCGAACGGGAGGAUAAGGUCCCCACCAAGGCGGUGGACAGCGUCAUCGAGAUGCUGGCCGGGAAGGAAGGGCUGGACCGGUUGGCCAUCUCCCCCUCGCAGAUGCAGCAUGUCGGCGCCGUCUCGUACAAGGAGAAGAAGAAGACGUGGAAGUGGGAAGGCCCGUAUCGCGUCAAGGGCGCCCACGGCGUCUGGAGCAUGGGCUUUGAGGAGGCAUAUACACGAGACUCGUAUCGAUGGUUUGAUAUGUGA